AGACUGUUGAAAACGCAUGCGUAUUAACCUGAGCCAAAAGUCAUCACUUCUUUCUUGUCUUAAGGAAAAAAAAACACCUAAGAUCUGUCUUCUCUAGUCUUUGCCUUUUAGGAAGGCUUCCCCAUUAAACUUUUAUUGCAUGAUAACUUUCAACUAUAUUAUUAUACCUCUUUAUGUCAGAUCUGUUCUCUGUUUCUGCAGAUCUGUUCGAAGGAAGCUUUGCCUUGUUCUGUUGUUUGACAUCAAAACCCAAAAAGAAAAAAAAAAGAAUCAAACUUUACUGUGUGUUGUUGCCAACCAAUGGCAAUAAUGCCACCGGGUAACUGGAUCCCCGACGGGCGAGACGGGUUUAUCUCGUGGAUUCGCGGGGAGUUCGCUGCAGCUAACGCCAUCAUCGACUCGUUAUGCCAACAUCUCGUGGUAGUUGGGGAUCAGAACGAAUACGAAUCCGUUAUCUCGACCAUCCAACAACGUCAAGCGAGCUGGUCUCAAGUUCUUUAUAUGCAGCAGUUUUACUCGAUUGCAGAUAUCUCUUACUCUCUUCAUCAAGCUGCUGCUCUGAAGCGGCGGCAACAACAACAGGGAAGGCAUUACAGUUCUGAUCAGUUUGGAGGAGUAAGGAGAUCAGGGUCUGGAUUUAACAAGCAUCAUCAUGGUGGUGGUGGUGGUUACAGAGGAGAAGGAGCUGAGUCUAUGGUGAGAAACAACAGGGAAAGUAAGUUAGCAAGUGAUGAUGAUAAAGCAUUGUCUGUUGCUGAGGAGAAGAUAGAUGGUAACGAGAAACCAAAGAGCGGUCUUAAAGAUUUGGAAGAAUCUGAAUCUGCUGAAGCCGAAACAGUGAACCAUGAUUGUAACUCUGCUUUUAAAGAUAACAAGCAGGACAAGAAAGAUAAAGAGUGUUGUGCAAGCAUGGCAAGGACCUUUGUUGUUGAAGAGAUGUAUGAAGCAAAGUUGGUUAAUGUUGUUGAAGGAUUGAAGCUAUAUGAAAAAAUGGUCGACGUCAAUGAAGUUUCUCAACUCGUUUCUCUUGCAAACAAUCUGAGAAACGCUGGAAGAAGAGGUCAACUCCAAAGUGAGGCAUAUGUGAGUUAUAAACGGCCAAAUAGAGGACACGGACGGGAGGUGAUCCAACUCGGUCUCCCUAUAGCUGAUACAAUGCCUGAUGAUGAUGAGAGUAUCAAAGAUAGAAGAAUAGAACCAAUUCCAUCAUUUCUUUCAGACAUCAUUGAACGUUUUGUCUCAAAGCAAAUCAUACCUGUGAAACCAGACGCAUGCAUCAUUGAUUUCUUCAACGAGGGAGAUCACUCGCAGCCUCAUAUGUUUGCUUCCUGGUUUGGACGACCGGUUGGGAUCUUGUCCUUGUCUGAAUGUGAUUUCACAUUUGGAAGAGUCAUUGUCUCUGAUCAUCCAGGAGACUACAAGGGCUCUCUCAAGCUGUCUCUCACUCCAGGAUCUCUUCUUCUGGUGGAAGACAAAUCUGCUGAUCUUGCCAAGUUUGCUAUUCACUCAAUCCCAAAGCAGAGGAUUCUCAUCACUUUCACCAAAUCUCAGCCUAGAAACUCCAACUGGAGUCCACCGCCUAGCAGAUCGCCGCAUAAUCACCACCACAGCCGUCACAAGAGACCUGUUCAGACGAUAUUCAAAGCACCUUCUCCUCCCCUUGCCGCUCCCAUGCCACCGUUCCAAGGUGGUGUCAUACCUGUGGGAACGAGCUGGCCACUGCCAACUCAGCCAAGAGUGCCUUUCCCUGGCACUGGUGUGUUCCUCCCACCAGGCUCAGCACAAGAACAUGCUGUACAAGGAAACUCUGGAGAAGGAAAGCUGGAGAUGAAGACUAGAGAAGUAGCUUGUACUGCAGCCAAGGAAGGUGAUGGCAAUAACGGUAAGCAGAUCAAUUAGCUGAAGAUAGAGAAAGUUAUAAAGAGCAGUGAUAGAGAAACUUGGAGCUGCAAAGUUUUUUAAACUAUAAAAAAAAAGAGCGGCUACUGCUAUGAAACUUUAUCUCUCUCUUUUUCUUUUUUUUUGCUACUUACAGAGAUAGUUUUAUUAGGAGAGACGAACAAGAACAAAGAGAACGAGCAAAAUUCACACGUUUUUGACGUUUUCUUGUCUCUAAAAAUCAUUUAGUUUUUAGCAUUACAAUCAAACAUGAGAGAUCCAGUUGUAUU